AUGAUCCAUGCUUUAUUUACAAAAGAGGAUGCAAAGCUAAUUAAUGAAAUCCCACUAAGCCCCUACCCCAAGCCUGACAGGCUUAUUUGGAGAUGCACCACCUUAGGGGAGUUCAGUGCAAGGAGUGCAUACCACCUGCUCGCUGAACUGGACAUCCAACAGCUGGGUAAAUCCUCAAAUCAAAGCAAUCCCCAUGACCCCUGGACCAAGCUCUGGAACCUGAGAAUCCCAAAUACAGCUAAGACAUUUCUCUGGAAGGCAUGUCUCAAUGCCCUUCCCACUCGAGCAAACUUGUUAAAGAGAAAGACUUUGGAGGAACCAGUAUGCCCCAUUUGCAUCCAACAACCAGAGACCAUUGAGCAUAUACUGUGGGACUGUCCAUCAACCAGAGAUGUUUGGAGCCAUAGCACAAGGAAAUUACAGAAUUCAAGCCCACACUUUCACCAGUUCAAAGACUUAGUUGCUAGCUUUAUGGAGACUCUAGAACAUGAGGAGCUAAUGUCUUUUUCUUUAAUUUCAUGGCUAAUAUGGAAGAGAAGCAACGACAUGGUGUUCAAGGACCUGUUUCUGCACCCAAUGGCUAUUACCCAACAAUCAGCCCACUUGGUGGAGGAAUUACAGCAAAAUCCACAACAGACUACCUCAGCUUCUACCAGGCAGCAGCCAUAUAUGUGGGAAGCUACACCUCAAGGUAGGGUCAAACUAAAUUGGGAUGAAGCACUUGACAAAAGGGCUUGCAAGAUGGGAGUAGGUGUUGUGAUAAGAGGCAGUGAGGGCCAGAUCCUUGCUACUCUAAGGAUGCAACAUCAUCUUUACCCAGACCACUUUCUGGCUGAAGCUUUGGCUACACUACAAGCAUCCCUUUUCUACAAAUAUGUUGGUUACUCGAAUGUGAUCAUGGAGGGUGACUCCUUGCAAGUGGUUAAUGAUUUGAACUCAACCUCAGACUCCAUCACCUAUGCAGGACAGUUUAUAGUCGAUACUAGAUACAACCUUAAUAAUUUCUGUGAUUGGUCCCCGAGCAUUGUCACGAGCUAUGCUGUUGGAGAUAGCAAAAUUGUGGGUCCCACUAGAGGAGACAUUAGGACGAGACGUGUGAUUGGCUUGGGAGAAGCCACUUCCUGUGGAGGAGAACGAGCAUUGUUUGCCCUUGUUCCCGUGUCAAGUUUUGUUCCUAUAGAAAGCAUAUGCUUGUGUGUUGAAGGAAACAAAAAGUUGAGUCUCACAUCUCAUAUCCUUGCAGCAGCAGCACAAGCUCGGCGUAGGAGGGCAUUGGUGGCUUGA